AUGGCAUUGGAGAUAGAGAUCAAGGAUUUACUAGUGUUCAGUGAUUCCGAUCUACUCGUGCAUCAAACGCUUAAAGAAUGGAUAACUCGAGAUUCAAAGAUUUUGCCAUAUCAUUACAAUUUACUGGAUUUGGCAAACAAAUUCAAAAGUUUGGAAUUCAGGCAUAUUCCACGUGCUCAAAAUGUUUUUGCUGGUGUUUUGGCCACUUUAUCUUCAAUGAUUCAACAUCUAGAUGAGUUGGUGAUUGAACCUAGCCAGAUUCAGUUACAAGAAAAGCCUGCACAUUGUCUGGUUAUGAAAAAAUCUUCUGAUAGCCGUCCCUGGUACAACGAUAUUAAGAAAUUUCUCAAAAUCAGGUCCUAUCCUCCAGGUGCUAAUAUGACUGCUAAAAGCUUCUUGCACAAAUUAUCAUCCAAGUUUUUCUUAAAUGGAGAGGUGGUAUACAAAAGGACGUCAGACUUGGGCCUUCUAAAAUGCGUUGAUGAAGAUGAAGCAGAUUAUUUAAUGAAAGAAGUGCACAGUGGUGUAUGUGGAUCACAAAUGAAAGGGCAUUUAUUAGCAAAGAAGAUCAUGAGGACAGGAUAA